CGAAGCAGCAGCACGCCGCAGAAAAAGAAGAAGCUGUGAUGGCGCGGAGCAGCACGUAAACAGAUGUGAACAGAUGUUUUAGCGCAUAGAAACAGGACAGCUGCUCCGACAGAGACCCGAGGAAGAGAUGAGAGAGAGCGGAGUCAGAAGGCGCGACGGGACGGACUGAGGCUGCAGAGAGAGGCGCACUGACGGUUAGGGAGCUCCGCUAACACCGCUGCUUAACAGCUAACACAUGCUAACAGCGGUUAACAGCUACAACCCGCUGCUGGAGGUCCGCCUCACCAGGUGUCCAGGUUCUGCUCUAACUGCUGAGUGGAUCUGUGUGACCCAUCCGAGUAGCGAUGGCGGCACGUGGGCGGGGGCAGAGGAUGCUAAGUUUCACUAUGGAAACAGUCAAAGGAGAUGCUCCACCUCCAUCGGUGCAGCAGCCCACACCUGUGUUUCCUGUGAUGGAGCGGAAGCCCCUCCCCCUGACAGGCGGGGAGGAGGCGGAGUAUCUGUUGGCCCUGAAGCAGGAUUUCAGAGGCGCCAUGAGGAGUCUGCCCUGCUUCAUCCAGCCGCUGGUGACUCACAGAGAUGUGGAGCGUUACUCUGAUAAGUACAACAGAAGCGAGCAGAUGGACAAGCUGCUGGACUGGGCUCCAGACUGGAAGAGAUUCCCCAGAGAGCUCCGAGUCCACGUCAGGCAACCUGCCAGAGACAGUGUAUCGGCUGCCGUUCAGUCUCCUCCUCCUCCUCAGAUGAAGAAGAAGGGUGUGAAGGAUAAAGAGGAGGUGCUGCUCAAACUGGAGAGCCUGGAGAAGAAGGAGGAGCAGGAGACGUCAGAGGACGAGGAGGGAGAGACGAAGAAGAAGCAGGAGGAGGAGGAGGCAGAGGGAGAGGAGGAGUACGACGAAGAGGAGUUCGAGGAGGAGACGGAUUACAUCAUGUCAUACUUUGAUAACGGCGAGGAUUUUGGUGGCGACAGCGAUGACAACAUGGACGAGGCUAUUUACUAAAGCACCAGCACACAUGACUUCCAGUCACAUGUUCCUGCGGUCUGACCGAAGCCGAGUCAGACCGACGACGAUGAUGAUGAUGAUGAUGAUGAGACUUUUUCUGAAUGUUUUUAAACUUUUGUACAAAAUGUAAUCAGUUUUAUUUUCUGCUGCUGGACCAAUAAAAACAGCACGUCUCACACA